AUGACCAACUCCUGUUGCUCCCCUUGCUGCCAGCCCACCUGCUGCAGAACCACCUGCUGCAGGACCACCUGCUGGAGACCAAGCUGUGUGACCAGCUGCUGCCAGCCCUGCUGCCAGCCCAGCUGCUGUGGCUCUAGCUGCUGCCAGCCUUGCUGUCAAACCACCUGCUGCAGGACUUGCUUCCAACCAAGCUGUGUGAGCAGCUGCUGCAGCACACCCUGCUGCCAGCCUUGCUGCUGUGUGUCCAGCUGCUGCCAGCCCUGCUGCCAGCCCAGCUGCUGUCAGUCCAGCUGCUGCCAGCCCAGGUGCUGUCAGUCCAGCUGCUGCCAGCCCAGCUGCUGCCAGCCCAGGUGCUGUAUCUCCAGCUGCUGCCAGCCCUGCUGCCAGUCCAGCUGCUGUCAGUCCAGCUGCUGCAAGCCCUGCUGCAAGCCCUUCUGCCUCAACCUGUGCUGCCAGCCAGCCUGCUCUGGACCUGUGACCUGCACCAGGACUUGCUACCAGCCCACAAGUGUCUGUGUGCCUGGCUGCCUGUCCCAAGGCUGUGGGUCCAGCUGCUGUGAGCCAUGCAGUUGUUGA